CUUUGCGGGUUCCUUGCCAGGAUUGGUGUGCCCAGGGUUUUGGUUUUCCCAUUGGCUAACGUCAGUGUGGAGGGGAAUGAGCAGGAGAUUUGAAUUUGAAGCUAGUAGGCUAAAAUUCGCACCAGGAAGUUUCCGAGGAACGCUAGCGACCUUUGGUUUGCGGAGUUGGUCGUCAGCAUGUCUUUUCCUAAGGCGCCCCUGAAAAGAUUCAAUGACCCUUCUGGUUGUGCACCAUCUCCAGGUGCUUAUGACGUUAAAACUUCAGAAGUAUUGAAAGGACCAGUAUUUCAGAAAUCACAAAGAUUUAAAAAACAAAAAGAAUCUCAACAAAAUUUUACUGUUGACAAAGAUACUACCUUGCCUGCUUCAGCAAGAAAAGUUAAGACUUUGGGAUUAAAGAAGGAAUCUCAAAAGAAUGAUAAAGAUUUGAAGAUACUAGAAAAAGAGAUUCGUGCCCUUGUACAGGAACGUGGUGCUCAGGACAAGCGGAUACAGGAUCUGGAAGCUGAGUUGGAAAAGGUGGAAGCAAAGCUAAGCGCUGCUGUGAGAGAAAAAACGUCUCUCUCUGCAAGUAACACGACACUGGAAAAACAGCUUACCGAACUAUCUAGGACCAAUGAGCUACUAAAAUCUAAGUUUUCUGAAGAUGGUAACCAGAAGAAUAUGAGAAUUCUGAGCCUCGAGUUGAUGAAACUUAGAAACAAAAGGGAAACUAAAAUGAGGAGUGUGAUGGCUAAACAGCAAGGCGUGGAGGUGAAACUGCAGGUCACCCAGAAGAAUCUGGAAGAGUCUCAGGGGAAAAUAGCACAACUUGAGGGGAAACUUGUUUCGAUAGAGAAAGAAAAGAUUGAUGAAAAAUCCGAAACAGAAAAACUCUUAGAAUACAUCGAAGAAAUAAGUUGUACAGCAGAUCAAGUGGAAAAAUACAAGCUAGAUAUUGCCCAGUUAGAAGAAAAUUUGAAAGAGAAGAAUCACGAAGUUUUAAGCCUUAAGCAAUCUCUUGAAGAAAAUGUUAUAUUGUCUAAACAAGUAGAAGACCUGACUGCUAAAUGUCACCUGCUUGAAAAAGAAAAAGAAGAUCUCAUCAACAGAGGUAGAGAACGGGAAGAAAAUCUAAAUUCUGAAAUGCAAAACUUAAAGCAAAAGUUUAUUCUUGAAAAACAAGAACACGAAAAGCUGCAACAAAAAGAGUUGCAGAUUGAUUUAUUUCUGCAGCAAGAGAAGGAAUUAUCUUCUAGUCUUCAGCAGAAGCUCUGUUCUUUUCAAGAGGCAAUGAUUAAAGAGAGGAAUCUCUUUGAGGAAGAAUUAAAGCAAGCUCUGCAUGAGCUAGAUAAAUUACAAGAAAAGGAGGAACAGGCUGAAAAGCUGGUCAAGCAACUGGAAGAGGAAACGAAAGCUAGAGCUGAAGAACUGAAACUUCUAGAAGAAAAGCUAAAAGAGAAAGAAGCUGAACUGGAGAAAAGUAAUGCUACUCACUCUCAGGCCACCCUGCUUUUGCAGGAAAGGUGUAAUAGUAUGGUGCAAAACCUUGGAGAAGUUACUGCUCAGUUUGAAAGCUAUAAAGCAUUAUCAGCUAGUGAAAUAGAAGACCUUAAGCUGGAGAACACAUCGCUUAAGGAAAAAGUGACUGAGGCUGAGAAAAGUGCAGAAGAUAUUCAGCAUCAAAUAUUGGCAACUGAGAGCUCAAAUCAAGAAUAUGCAAGGAUGCUUCUAGAUCUGCAGACCAAAUCAGCACUUAAGGAAGCAGAAAUUAAAGAAAUCACAGUUUCUUCUCUUAAAAAAAUAACUGAUUUGGAGAACCAACUCAAGCAACAAGGUGAAGACUUCAAGAAGCAGCUGGAAGAGGAAGAAGCAAGAAAAGCUGGAAAAGAAAAUUCAGUGGCAGAAUUAACUGAGGAAAUGAAUAAGUGGCAUCUCCUUUAUGAAGAACUGUAUAAUAAAACAAAACCUUUUCAGCUACAACUGGAUGCAUUUGAAGCAGAGAAACAAGCUUUGUUGAAUGAACAUGGUGCAGCUCAGGAACAGCUAAAUAAACUAAGAGAUUCAUAUGCUAAAUUAUUGGGUCAUCAGAAUCUAAAGCAAAAAAUCAAGCAUGUUGUGAAACUGAAAGAUGAAAAUAGCCAGCUCAAGUCGGAAGUGUCAAAACUCCGCUCUCAGCUUGCUAAAAAAAAACAAAGCGAGAGAAAACUUCAGGAGGAAUUGAAUAAAGUGCUAGGUAUCAAACACUUUGAUCCUUCAAAGGCUUUUCUUCAUGAAAGUAAAGAAAAUUUUGCUCUCAAAACCCCAUUGAAAGAAGGCAACACAAACUGCUGUUGAGCUCCUAUGGACUUUCAAGAAUCAUGCAAGUAAACAUCUGAGAAACCUGUUGAAGAUUAUCUUAUUCUUAUUAUUUUUAUUGCUGUUGCUGUUAUUAUUAUUGUUUGUAAUGAAUAUUUGUAAUGUAUUUAAUAUUAACUUCCUAUCCUUAGGUGUCUGAAAGGAAGUUCAGCUUUUUUAUUGAUAUACCUUCCAACAUUUUAUUUUCUAUUGUCAGUACCUCCUCCUUGAUGCUCAUUUUUAUCACCUCAUUCUAAACUUUCUACCUGGCUUUCUGUCUUUCCAGUUCAUCCCAUCAACAUCCAACAUCCUUUUAAAAAUCACUCUCAUAUUAUUAUUGCCCUAGUCUAAAACUUUAGAUGAUUUCAAGAUUCUAAUCCCCAGGUUUUGUAGGUUGAUACUGAAGGGCUUUCCUAAUUUGAACCUGUUAAGCUGGGAUAAAAUACCUUGACUUGUUCUUGCCUCAACUUUGAUUCUCCUAAUAAUGUUCAUUCUGUCCUAUCCAUCAUUCAUUUACCCAGUUCAAAUAAGAAAUCAGGGAAUGCUUAAUUCCAUAGUAAGCUCUUUACUUCUUGUCAGAGUCACUGAAUUGGUCAAUAAUUUGCAGGUUCCCAGAUUCCAUCUUAGUCCUACCAAAUGAAAAUCUGAGACUUGGCAUGAGAAAUCUGCUGUUCAAACAAAUUCUGCAGUUAAUUCUUAGAUAUGCUGAAAUCUGAGAAACUCUGCUCUUAACCUCUUUAGAGAAUUUGUCUUAUACUGCUUAGCAUUGGCCUGACUACUGGGUAUUUGAUUAGUAUUUCUGUAAUAUGAUAUAAAAAUCACACAUUAAGUCAUUAACCCAGUUAUUCAACUUGUACUAUAUGAAGUUAAUGCUUCUAUUUAAGGUGUAUUGUUUUCUCUGCCCUCCCCUCUCCACCUUGUCCCUAGAAUUACAAAUGGUAAUGUACUAUUUAGAGAGUAGUAAAUGUCCAUCUAAAAUGUCUGAUUUAUAUAAUUUGUAUAUUAUAAGCCACCUUUUUAAUAUUUCCCCAUUAAUGGGCCAAAAGAGACUAUUACAUUCAGAAUAGUUUUUCAUAAUAAAUUAUUUUAUCAGAUCUUAA